UUUUUUUUUUAAUUUUCUUUUUCUCAUUUCCAAUUAAUAUUAAUAUAUUAUGGAACAAGGACAAGGACAUUUAAAUAAUGGACAGCAACAUUAUGAAGUAUUAAUGAAAAGAUUAGCAGACGCCAGUCAAUAUAAAAUAUAUCCUACUAUUAUUCCCAGAAAUGAACUUCCUUUAAGGAAAAUUUUACUAACCACGAGAUUAUGGAAUCAUGUACGUAGACAACAAGCAUUAUUUUCUACAGAAAAUUGGAUACAACAACAUGAAAUCAUUGAAAAAUUAGUUGAACAACAAGAAAAUUUAUUUAUACCCUCUCAACAACAACAAGAUGAUGAUGAUGAUGAUGAUACCCUUCUUAGUAAUAAAAAGCGUACAAGAAAUAAGAAUGAAGAAGGAAUAAUAGAAGAACCACAAAUCAAGAAAUCAAAAUCAACAACCCAUUUUCAUUCUUCUUCUCCGGCAGGUCCGGCGACUCAUGGUAACAAUCCCCCUACUGCUACCACCACCAGUGCUACUUCUCCACCUAAUAGCCCCACUACUGUCUUAUUAAGUGCAUGAUGAUGAUGGAUAAUUCAGUUCUAAAAAUAGUCCCCCUUAAAUACGGUAAAAGGUAUUUCCGUUAUCCUUUAUUAUAUUAUAUAUAUUAUUUGUAUAUGUAUAUUAUAUGGUUGUAUAUCUGCUAGUUAUUCCUAUUUACAUAAAUUGGUUAUAAUAAUAAUAAUAAUAAAACGUCAAAAUUAUAUGUCAAUCUUUGCUCCACACACACCUUUUUUUUUUUUGCUCUGUUCCCCAGAAAUUAGUAAUGUACCCUACAAAAAAAAACAGCUUAGUGUUACACAUAAA